AUGUUUCACGCAUUUUGCAUAUACAUUCCGUACUGGCACAGGGCCGUGUUACAGGAACUUGUGUUUGAAAAAAGAAAAAUGAUGAACAUGGAACAUCAGACGGUUUUAUCGGACUCUGAGACUGAUCUGGACACUACAUAUGACGUGUUAGUGGAAGCAUUGCCCAAUGACUCCUCUAUUUGUAUGGCGACAAAGGCAUCAUGUCUCUCAGAAAAACAAAUGAGUGAAACAACGGUAAACAGCGAUAAUUUACAAAAUUUUAAGACUGGAACACAGCAAAAGGUAACGGAAUGGAUGCAACAAAAUAAUGAAAAUACAAUGAAGGUUCGUAAGGGUAUAUUAUUCUCCAAUUUAAAUCUGCAAUCACGUCUUUGGGACCGUUUUCAAAUGAUCCCCCGUGAAAGAGUUUCUACCAGUGAUACAUUAAAACCAUUUCUGAGAGCAUUCAAGGCGAUCUGUUACGUAUUGCUGUUUUGCAUUGUCCUUGGUUCGGCAGUUGCCGCCAAAACAUCAAUUCUUAUAAUGACUUCUAGCAUUGUUAAGGAUGAAAAUGCACGGAACGUGAACAACUCACCCACCAAUACGAUGCUGAUCAUCUGUAUAUGUUUCCCCUAUGCUUUAUGGAUACUUACGUAUACAGCCAGAUCUCUGUUUGGAAGCAGUGCCUGGCCUUCUUUUAAAACUACAACUGUGACUUUGUUCAUUGAACUUCUACACAGCUUUGGAUUGUGCUUACUAGUGUUUCAUAUUCUUCCCAAGAUGGACAUGGCCAGAAGCUUAAUACCAUUAAGUGGAAUAUUUGUGAUUCCAGCACUUCUGAAAACAUUGUUCGUUAUCUCUGAUAAAUCCCUACCAGGAAUAAAGCGAUUGACGCUUACAACUGUGCACGGAAUAGCCUUCCUUAUUCAGUUUUGCAAUUUAGGUGCUACAUCAAUGUUUAGUAUUCCGCUUACAGAUAAUGAAAAACAAGAAAUGGUUAAUUCUGUUAUUGAUAAUGAUGACGUCAUCAAUGUCAUUGAAAGGCCAAAACCUAUUCUAACAAAUAGAAUAAUGUGGGAGCUUCCGGUUUCUUUGGUGUUUAUUUCUUUAUCUUACUGGGAAAACUAUGCGGAUGGAGAUAUCUACAUUUGUUCCUUUAGGAUACCCCUUCUUGAUUGGAAGAAAAACUUACUUGUGGUGAAACAAAGAUUAUACAUAUUGACUGGAUUGUGGAAAAUUGGUUGGACCAUGAUCUUUGCCAUCUUACUUAUUCCUGGGUUUAAUUUUAGCAUUUCAUUUUCGGAUUCGGAUUCAAGUAAUUCGUCCAUGAAAAGCAUAUCUAACGUACCCUUUGAAACUACAACGAAUCCAUUGGGAAAUGACGUCAGUACUAUAUCACCGAAUAUCCGAGGCAAAAGAUCAUUACUUCAAGUGGCGAGUGAAAAUCAGAACAUGCCAAAUUUGGAGAAACCUGAUACAGUCAACAACGAUGCACAAAUCAAUCUGACCAGGGCAAUCAAAGACCGUGGUAUUGAAUCAGUACUGCACUUGAAUGAAAAUAUGCUUACUCGCAACCUUGUCGUUCCUCAAAUAGUAGAUAAGGAUCAAAACAUUGAUGAAAAGCAAAAUUCUAACUCAACGUCCAGUUCAUACAUUCCCGAGGUCAUACAAGUUAACCUACAAAAAUAUGGAGUUUUAUAUUUGCAUUUAGUUGCAACUACUCUUAUGUCGUAUUUUGGAGGUCUUGCUUGCAAAUUGUGUAUGCAGCUAUUUGGCUUCACCUUACCCAUCAUCUUAGCAACCCCUAUAACUUUUGGCCUUGUACUCGUGCAACAGUUUACUGAGUACCUACCUUCAUAUGUCUACGUUUGGGUUUGCCCAGAAACAGAUGGAGAUCUGCGAAAGUUUCAUCUUCUUUGGCUUGGAGUUCUUUGGAUUUCACAACUAAUUACAACAGCACAUAUCUGGUCGCCUCGAAAUGGAAGAAUGGCUAAAAUUGAAAGACUCUUUGUUACACCACUGAGAUGUGGCAUAUUAACGGACACUUCCCUUGCUCUUCGGCGACGACUAAAUGACAGAGAUACCUCUUUGUUUAAUGCUGAUGAAGACUGGUCGUUCAUUUAUGACGACGAUGAGAUUCACAAAGCAGAUGAUGUUGUUCCUCAAAUUUACGCCUGCGCAACAAUGUGGCAUGAGACUAGAAACGAAAUGAUUCAACUUUUGAAAUCUCUGUUUCGUAUAGAUGUUGAUCAUAGUGGCCGAUACUUAGCUCAGAAAUUCUACGGCAUAAGAGAUCCUGACUAUUACGAAUUCGAAGCCCACAUCUUCUUUGAUGAUGCAAUGGAUUUAACUGAUGAUGAAAAUUCAGUACCAAAUGCUUUUGUCGUCGAAUUCAUGGACAGUAUUGACGAUGCAUUGAGUUCUGUGCAUGAGAGGCAGUUACAACUAGGUCCACCCAUGCGAACAGCAACGCCUUACGGGGCAAGAUUAACGUGGCUCUUGCCUGGAGCAACAAAACUCGUGGUUCAUCUAAAGGAUCGGCAUCGAGUUCGACACAAGAAACGAUGGUCUCAAGUAAUGUACAUGUACUAUUUGCUUGGUUAUCGAAUACUUGCACAGCCUGAAAAUUUACUUCAUAGAGAUUUUUGCGAUCGAAGUUUCGGUUCUUCAUCAGAAGAUGCUAACCAGAGAGUUCGGCUAACAAACUCACAACUACGACAUCGAAGACAGGCUUCACAUUUCACGAGAAGCGUCAUCUUUAACUACACAACAGAGGAAGUUCACACGCAGGCUGAGAACACUUUUAUAUUGACACUUGAUGGUGACGUCGACUUUAAACCUGAUGCAGUGCGUCUGUUGGUCGAUCGCUUAAAAAAGAACAAAAAAGUUGGAGCUGCAUGUGGUCGCAUUCAUCCAAUUGGUUCAGGUCCAAUUAUUUGGUAUCAGGAAUUUGAAUAUGCUAUUGGUCACUGGCUUCAGAAAGCAACAGAGCAUGUCUUUGGUUGUGUAUUAUGUGCCCCAGGAUGUUUCAGUUUGUUUAGAGGAUCGGCACUUAUGGACGACAAUGUCGCUAGAUGCUAUGCUAUUAGAGCAAGUGAAGCAGGUCAUUAUGUUCAAUAUGACCAAGGGGAAGACAGAUGGCUAAGUACACUCCUCCUGCAACAAGGCUAUAGAAUCGAUUACUGUGCCGCCGCAGAUGCCCUUACACAUGCACCUGAAACUUUCUCCGAGUUCUUCAAUCAGCGCCGAAGAUGGGGUCCCUCCACCUUGGCGAAUUUAAUUGACCUUCUGGGAGACUGGAAGAACACAGUACGCCUCAAUGACAACAUUAGCACACCUUAUAUAUUAUACCAGUUCUUCCUUUUGGUUUCCACAAUUCUAGGCCCAGCCACUGUCCUUCUUAUGAUGGCAGGAGCUUUCACUGUUGUCUUUAAGACGACGAUUAUAGAAUCCUAUGCUAUAGCCCUGACGCCAGCAAUCGCUCUCAUCAUUGUGUGUCUGUAUGCAAAACCAAGCACACAAAUUAUAUUUGCGACGAUUGCUAGCGCAAGUUACGCCAUAGUGAUGACCAUCGUUCUAGUGGGUACGGUUGGGACAGCUAUAGAGGGAGGACUAACAAGUCCUAAUGUUGUCUUUCUGUCAAUACUUGUCAUCAUUUACUUCAUUGCUGCCUUGCUGCAUCCGGAGGAAUUUACCUGUGUAAUACCUGGAGCACUAUACUUCAUCUGUAUUCCUACGGGUUACCUUGUUUUAACCAUAUAUUACCUGUGCAAUAUGCAUGUAGUGUCUUGGGGGACACGUGAAGUUACCUUGCUCAAAGGUGAUGCAAACUCAUCGACAAAAAAUGAAGCAGAGGAAGAGAAGAAAAAGAAGAAGAAAGAGAAGAAGACAGGAAUUCUGGGAUGGCUUGGUAUAACCUCUAUUAUCAACGAAACAGUUGAACUUUUUCGUCAAGUUCGAACGAUGACUCUUGCCAAUACAGAAAAACCUACAAAAACUGACCAACUAUUAGAGGAACUAAUAAUAGAAUUGAAGGAUAAGCGUUUACCGAAGGAACUACAGAGCGAAGGGGUUGUGACGUCAUCAAAGCCAGAUAUCAUGGAAUCAAGUACAAAAUCAAUGAACAUUCCCCCAAUAUCUGAAGAUUAUGUGAACAAUAAAGGAAAAACGGAAACGAAGAUUUACACAAAAACCGAUCAACAAGAAUGUCUACAAAACCAAAUAUUAGGAGAUGGUCCAAUUAAGAAACUUGACGAAAGGGAGGUCUUGUUUUGGAAGCAAUUGUUGCAAAAGUAUUUAUAUCCAAUAAAGGAAGACAAGCUUCACCAGGAGAGGGUGGUUAAUGCUUUGAAAAACCUACGCAACAAUGUCGUGUUUGGAUUCUUCAUGACCUCUGCUCUGUGGAUAGCUCUUACCAUGCAACUUCAGCUAUUACAGGAUGACUUUAAAGACACCGAUCUUUUCAUCAAAAUUCCGCACUUCGAUUCAUCACAAAAAGAUCUGACAUUUGAACCCCUCGGAAUGAUCUUUUUAGCUUUAUUUUCUGCAAUUUUGCUUUUUCAAUUCCUUGGCAUGCUUUCACAUCGCUGGGGAACCAUUCUCCAUGUUCUUUCUAUCACUGAUAUAUCUUGCAGUCAGAAGUUCACCGAAAAGUACAAAAUACAGGAGGUCAUUGCUAAAGCCAUGGAACUGCAGAGAGUGAGUAACAUCGAAAACGAACCCGAGCCGGAUUACGAUGACCCUCUGCCAGACUAUGAGGACGACGAUAUAGACGAUGACGACGAGGCAAUAUCAACUUUGUAUACAAGCUCUUGUUCCUCCAUGUCAACUGCCUGUGAGAAUCUCGGGUCUAACUUUCAAGACGCCCGUCAGAAGAGAAGGUCCCUUCGCCGAAAAAACAGUGCAGUCUUCAACCGACGUGGGCUGACAACUGGAAGAACGCUAAGAAGAGCAUUCGAACGUCGAUACAGAAAUCAGCUGCGUGGUGAUCGUAAUGGGGAUCAACAUAGUGAUUCUGGAUUUAAUUUCAAAGAUAAUGAAAAGAAUGAUGGGUUUUUAAGUGUCUGAAGACAAACAGU